CUGUCUCUAUCUGCUUACCACCAAAACAUUUUGCAUAGUCUCUCUCUUUUGUCUUCCUUUUUAAGUUUUUGUCUGAAAGAGAGCUGGUGGUGGUGUGGUGGGGGAAGAUAAGAUAGUUCCAAGAUACUGGUCUCACUUGUUUCUAAAGAUAAUCAGAUUUAGGAAACUUCCGUUACACUUUGGGAAAAUAUAAAUAAAUACACAUCUAUUUAUUUCCGGAAAUAUAAGAUUCUGAUUAUCUAUCUCCCCCAAAGAGGUUUUUGUUAAAUGGUUGAAACUCUCUGUGAAUUUCGACGGCUCUUGUUGAAUUCUUUGGUAUGUCUCACAAGAGGGAGUUUGAAGCAGGGAAAGCUCGCGUGGAUGGUGGAUCAACGCCUGAGGAUAAGCGUAGAAGGUUCAAAAGUGUGGUUCAGGAGGUAAUGAGAUUGCAAACUGUCAAACAUUUUCUCGAACCUGUUCUUGAGCCCUUAAUCCGUAAAGUGGUAAAAGAAGAAGUUGAAUUGGCUCUUGCAAAGCAUCUAACUGGCAUCAAAUGGAUUUGUGAGAAGGAGAUUCAUCCUUUGGAAUCAAAGAACCUACAGUUAAAGUUCUUGAACAAUCUAUCACUUCCUGUCUUCACUUCAGCUCGGAUAGAAGGAGAUGAAGGUCAAGCUAUCAGAAUUGGACUAAUAGAUUCUUCAACUGGCCAAAUUGUCUCUUCAGGUCCUGCAUCAUCUGCAAAGCUCGAAGUGUUUGUUGUUGAGGGUGAUUUUGAAAGUCAUGAGGAUUUCAGAAACAACAUUGUAAAAGAGAGAGAAGGAAAGAAACCUCUCCUCAGUGGAAAUGUAUUUACAGUUCUUAAUGAUGGCAUUGGUGUUAUGGAUGAGAUUUCAUUUACUGAUAACUCUAGCUGGACUAGGAGCAGGAAGUUCAGACUAGGUGUACGGAUGGUGGAUCAGUUUGAGUUUGUUAAGGUUAGAGAGGCAAUCACUGAGUCCUUUGUUGUAAGAGAUCACCGAGGAGAAUUGUACAGAAAGCAUCAUCCUCCUUCACUUUUCGAUGAAGUGUGGAGAUUGGAGAAGAUAGGGAAAGAUGGAGCAUUUCACAAAAGAUUAAACCAUUCACAUAUAAACACUGUCAAGGAUUUUCUUACACAUUUUCAUCUAAACUCUCCAAAACUCCGGCAAAUUCUUGGUACUGGUAUGUCUUCAAAAAUGUGGGAAAUCACUUUGGACCAUGCUCGCUCCUGUGUUCUUGAUAAUAGUGUCCACGUGUACCAACCUCAUGGGUUUCAGAAGGAAACAGCUGUGGUAUUCAAUGUAGUAGCUCAAGUGCUUGGACUGCUUGUGAAUUUUCAGUAUAUUCCUGCUGAGAAGUUAUCUGAUACUGAAAAGGCUCAAGCUGAGGAGAUGGUAAUUGCUGCAUUGAGUCACUUAAAUGAAGUCGUCUCUUAUGAUGAUGAGUCUUCAAUGAUGAGGAACUUUCACAAUGCUUCACAGAGCAGUGUUGGGAUUGAUUACUCCGGUUUGAGUUUGACCAGCUUGGAGGGUGGUUAUGUUUAUGUGUCAAACCUUCACAACGCAGCAGAAGGUAGUGGUGGUGGACAGUACAGUGAUGAUGUUGACAUGGAAGUUACUCCACAAGGUUUAUACGACGACUUCAAUCUAUGGAACUGCUCUCAGAUUCUUGGCUUAGAAGAAACUCGGUCUGAUUUGCAGUGUGCGCUUGAUGGGUUCAUCAUGUCAGAGAAGAAUGUUGUGGUUGGUAAGGCACAUAGCAGAAGGUGGACAAAGCUUUUCAGUGUAUCAAAGUGGCUCUCUGUGUUCAAGAAUGUUACAGUUAGGAAAAAUCUGAAGUGAGUGUGAGUUAGUUACAAAGGAAAAAGGAAACGACUCGCCCUGGACAGAUUCGUGUGUAUAUACAUACUGUGUGAAUCGUCUAGAGGCGUUCCUAAGUGUUUUCUUUCUGCCUGGUUUGCUCUUUCCAUCUUUGUGUUGAAGAUGUGAAUAUGUUAGGAAAGCUUCAUUUUUUUUUUGUUUGAUGGCUUGAAAACAGGGUCUUUGUGUGUAAUAUUUUGUCGGAAUUAUUCAUGUAUUGCAAGAAGUAGAGAUACAGAUUCCAGUUUUGGAAUGGUUUGUUGUUUACUUGGAUUGUUUUUUUUUUUUUUUUGGUUUGACAGGUUAUGUGCAACUACAUAAGUUAAACUAUUGAUUUUUGGAUAAUAAAUGUGGUAUGAUGGCUCAAGAGAAAUCUGCGUAAGAGGUUUACUGAGUUCACUUAGAUUAUUACAUCAUUGAGAACUCUGUAAGAAGAUGUUUCUUGAAAUGUCACUUUAUUGUCUGAAAUGUUUCCUCGGUUACUAUGAAAAGAAAGUUAGAUCGAUAUGAAAGUUACAUGGAACAAGUCUCUAGACGCGAACUUUAAUUCUUAUUUUGUUUUUUAAGAUGUUGCUAAUG